UGACAUUAAUUUACGGAAUACAGCUGAUACUAUCACUGCCUGACAGAGUAGAGCAGCAUGCAUUUGCAAUGUUGGUGGCUUGAUCUUCUCUUUCUUCAGCUUUUGAUCUGGCCCACUCGUAGCCAGAAUUCUGGAGAUGUGGUCUAUGGAUGUUCAUCAACAAAUCCACCCCUUUGCUGUACUGGGCUUCAUAUUAUCUGCAACCCCAAAGGUAGCCUGUGUAGCUGUCAUUCAUCCUGUACAUUUUUUAAAACAUGCUGCCAUGAUUACAUCGAUACAUGCCAAAAUGGAAACAACACAACUACAACAGAUGUAGCAGUUGUUAAUCGUGGAUGUUCAUCAAUGAAUCCCCCACUGUGCUGCAGUGGGCUGAAUAUAAUUUGCAAUCCAAGUGGGAGUUUCUGCAGUUGUCACUCAUCCUGUAGCCUUCUUAACAUCUGCUGUGAUGACUACAAGGCAACAUGUCAAAACAGUAACAGUAGCAGUACAACAGAUUUAGCAGUGGUUUCCCGUGGCUGCUCAUCAUCAAACCCACCACUUUGCUGUACAGGAAUGAAUAUUUUUUGCAGUCCUACAGGUACUUUCUGCAGCUGUCAUGAAUCAUGCAAGUUCCUUGGCACCUGCUGCAAUGAUUAUGUUGACACAUGUCAAAAAACUCUGUCUCCAGGUUGCUCUUCACAGAAUCCACCUCUGUGUUGUACUGGUUGGAACAUUAUUUGUAACCCUGCAGAUAGUCUGUGCAGUUGCCAUUCAUCCUGUACCUGGCUUAAUACCUGUUGUUAUGAUUACAGAGCCACAUGUCAAGCAUCUGAAGUAACUACGACAGUAUUGCCACACACCAAUGCAACAAACACAGGAUAUAAUUUCACACUUUUUUCCACAGCCUACAGGCCUGCUGAAGUAACUACAACAGUAUUGCCACACACCAAUGCAACAAACACAGGAUAUAAUUUCACACUUGUUUCCACAGCCUACAGGCCUGGUACAGAUUUUAAAUCUCCUUCACCAGGUGUUAGCAAAUUAUAUUCUACCAUUUCAGCUGUGACAGUUUCAAAUGAAGGUGGAAUGGCAUCUAAAUGGACCAAUGUACCACAAAGUAACGUAACUUCAGUGUCAGCAGUAACAAACACAGGACAGCAAACUGAAGUGAGCAAAACGACUCGUAAUAUGAGUACAGAAGCAAUGAAAGGAACAACAUUACGUAAUAAUGCAACCUUGUCAACAGCAAUAAGUGGGGAAUUACCAAACAGUAUGAGCACACAGAGUUCUAAUCCAAACCCUUUCUUUACUACAACCACAGUGCCAACGAAUAAAACUUCACCCUUGUUAACAACGCUGAGCACAACAACAAGAUCAAAUAUAACUACAACAUUUAUAACUAAAAAAAGUACAUCGACAGGUACUUCUGUUGUGACUAGCUUUAGUACAAAGCAAAAUUCCUCACCACAGACCACAGGUAUAUGGCUUACAUUCACUGUGUUGAUGCUGGUGCUUUCUUACUUGCCACACUGCGUACUGUUCUAAGCGCUUGAAAAAUAUCUGUGUAGUUCUCUCUCCAAAAAAGGCACUCAACAUCUGCUGUACGAAAUCUCCUUUAUGAUGAAAUGAUGCAAAAACAGUACAGCAGUUUGAAAUUUUGUGUCCCACAGAUGGCAUGAUUGAGAAUUUAUCCCAGUACAUUUAAAAACUAAUAAAUGAGAACUUACUGAAUGAAUUACCAGUCUCUCAUAACUGUUCGCUCAUAUUUUAAUGCAAAAGUAGAGAUAUAUUUUAAUUGAAAUUUAAUAAAUUAACUUAUUGUUAUGGUAGCUUAUAAUGAAUGAGAUGCAUUGCACAUCGUCUUUCCAAAGCAGCAGUGAUUAAAAGUAGAUUAUUUUAACAUUUUUAAUUAUAUGUUUCAGUCUGCAAUGAACCAGGUUACAGGCAAGCAACUAUGCAUUUAGAUAUUCUUAUCUCUUUGUUUUUAUAAGAUUCAUGUAAGCAUCCUUGUGAUACUAGACUUUCUAAAAUAAAAUUAGUUUGUGUCAUAAGAAACCAGUAUAGAUUAAAAAAAACAUGCAGGCAUUUUGUCUAACAAAUGAACAUGCUUAUGUGGGGAUCUGCAUAAAAAUAUGGAUAAAAUACUUUUCUGUUAAUGUUUCAUUGAUAUGAAAUUGAAAUUAAUGGACCAUUUAAGCCACUACUGACCUGACAUAUAGCAAUAUUAUUUAUUAAAUAUUUGUUUUCAAAAAUUAUCAUUAUGUUCCAUCUAUAAAAUAAGAAAUUCUUCUGCCAUCAUCCUGACAGAAAACAGUCUACGUUACUCACAAAACAAUUACCAAAUACAGAAAAGGACUGGUCUCAACCUUAUUUACAUUUUCACAAAAUGAAAAAUCUUGAGGCUCUCAUGUAUGCUCCUACAACCAGUUCUACUAUUUUAUGAGUUUAUCU